AUGGAAUAAUUAUAAAGACAGCCAGCCAAAUAGCUAUAUUUUACAACUGAAUUAUUUAAAAAUAAGUUCAUUACUGAAAAAGAAAAAAUUCAACUCAAAGAAUUUAUUAUCGCUCAAGAUGAUUUCCUCACAUAAUAUUUUGAUUAAUAUGAGAGAAAUGAUAUUACAGAAUAAGAAUUGAGAGAAGUAUUUUCAUCAAUUUUAUUUAGAAAUUAAUCAAAUUGGUAAGGGCAGAUUUAUUUAAAGACACUAAUUUUAAGCGAAAUUGA